CCAGAAAAACCCUUAAAACCCUCUCAUGAAAGAGAGACAGAGAGGGUGAGAAGGGGAAGGAAUCGAAGGGCAAAAAUGGAAGAAUCUUCUUCCCUCUGCAAAUCCCUCCCUCACCACUUCUCCUCCUUCGUCGACGCCUUCGUCGACUUCUCCGUAAGCGGCCUCUUCCUAUCAAACGCACCCACAGCGCACGAUAGCAUCACCCCUCCUCUCCAAACCCGCCUUCCUUCCCCUUCCCGCCUCGUCGCGAUCGGAGACCUCCAUGGCGACCUCAAGAAGACCCGCCAAGCUCUGUCCGUCGCCGGCCUCAUCGAUCCCAUCUCCCACCGUUGGAUCGCUGGCUCCACCGUCGCUGUCCAGGUCGGCGAUGUCCUCGACCGCGGCUCCGAUGAAAUCAAACUCCUCUACUUCCUCGAGACCCUGAAGCGUGACGCCGCCCGCCAGGGCGGAGCCUUCCUCACGAUGAUCGGCAACCAUGAGGUUAUGAACAUCGAUGGCGAUUUCCGCUUCGUGACCCCCUCCGGCCUUGAAGACUUCCGGUUGUGGGCUCACUGGUAUCGGAUCGGUAAUUCGAUGAAAUCCCUCUGUGAAGGCCUCGCCCCGCCAGACGACGUCUUCCAAGGAAUUCCGAAGAAGUUCAAUGGGAUCCGUGAAGAAUUCCAUGAUGGAUUCCAUGCCCGGCUCGCCGCGUUGCGGCCCAACGGCCCGAUUGCGAGGAGGUUCUUCUCUGACAAUCCGACAGUCCUCGUCGUGGGGAAUUCAGUCUUCGUGCACGGGGGCCUUUUGGAAGAUCACGUGAUGUACGGUUUGGAGCGGAUUAAUAUGGAUGUGAGGGAUUGGAUUAAUGGGUUGAGGGGGAGGAUUUCACCAGGUAUUGUCCGUGGGAGGAAUUCUGUUGUUUGGGCGAGGCAGUUUUCAAACAGUUCGGAGAAGAAUUGUGACUGCUCGAUGCUGGAGCAUGUCCUCACAAGAAUCCCGGGCGUGAAGAGGAUGAUCAUGGGGCAUACAAUUCAAGAGACAGGGAUUAAUGGGGUUUGUCAGAAUCAGGCGAUUCGGAUUGAUGUGGGGAUGUCGAGGGGGUGUGGAGACGGCUUGCCGGAGGUCUUGGAGAUUGAUGGGAAUUCGGGGGAGAUACGGGUGUUGACGUCAAAUCCACUGUAUCGGAGGAACCGAUUUGAAUCGGGGUUGGAAAUUGGGGGUAAGGAAGGGCUGGCGAUGCUGGUUCCAGAGCAAGGGAGUAAACAAGUAGAGGUCAAUGCUUAGGGUUUUUAGAAUGUAGAUCUGUUGUAUAUCGAUUCUUUCGUUCAUUCUAAGAGCGAUUGUCUGUAUAAUCCAUUGAAAUGAUUUGAAUUGUGGUAUCUGGAACUUGGGUUUCUGAAA